AUGAAUGCCGUCCGCCAAUCCUGUCGCCCAAAGCACCAGGUGCUCAUUUUAAAAUGCUUUCCUCGCUAUCAGAAAGGUGUGCUGCAAGUGAAGCCCAACGCGAGCGAACUCUCGUAUCUCCUCUACUAUGCCAGCACUCGACGCAGUAAGCUGCAAAAGGUCGGCGCCUUCCUCGAGAAAAAGGCUGCCAGAGAAGUCCACAAGGGAAGAAUUGGGAAUGUCCAGGUGGUCCUUCAAAUCCUCACCGCACUGAUCGAAAAAUUGCCUCGGGAGUUACCCCUCUACGCUCAUUCGAUUCUGGCAAUUAUCGAAACUGUGAUUCACUCCAAUGAUAUUACUAUGGUCGAGGAAACCGUUCCGACUUUCGAAAUGUUUUGCAACAGCCAAGACCUGUCGGUUUUGGCUGUAGAACAACAACAUGCUACACGGUACCUGAGUAUAGUGCGUAGCUAUGCCGCUUUUGCUUCCACCAAAUUGAAAUCUCCCGCAAACGCCUCUAACGAUCUUCCCAUAUCAUUGCGCUGGAAAAACAUUGGUCUGAAAGCAAUCAGGAGCAUAGUUUGUUCCGAAUCAAUCAGCGGCGAUGGCGGAAAACAGCUCUCUAUUAUCGUGCCCAUUAUCCUGGAGAACUUGUACGCCGGGAGCGAGGAUGUGUUGAUCUCGCUCCAAUCAAAGGCAUCAGAAAAGGCAUUUGACGAGACUUCGGAACAAGCACAGUCAAGACGUCGUCGAGCGAGCACUGUCACCGUGCAGACUGUCGAUGCCCACGCCCCAGAUGGAAAUGUGGCUGAGGCUUCGGGGACAACUGCAGAUGCCGACAAAGUGGCAGAGUUGGAGGUUCGUCUUCUUGCAAUGAGAUGCUUGGAACGCAUUUUCGUUGUCAGCAGCAAUCGUUCUCAGAUCCGGACCGCAGCAGGACUGGUCUUGCAGUUUAUCGUCGACAAGCAAGAUAAUUCGGUAUCUGAGAAGCCUUUUCGAGAAAGCAAAGACUGGGCCCAGUCGCUGAUGGAAUUGAUUGUGAAAUGGUGUCCCGUUCAAGAUCGGUUCAUCGUACUGUUCACCGCCGUUGAGAUCUUGAGAGGAAUGUCGGUCGAUGGGCAUCCCGUCAACAAGCAAAUAGUCAUGGCCUCGUUGAUUGGUUCCUUGUUGAAAUCCCCUGUCAAUAUGAUAGGACUUAGCGUCAUCGAUGUUCUAGUUGGUUUUGUUCAACAUAUCCUUCGCUUGCUACAAACUCCAAUUCCAUCAGAUUCCCAGCCACAAUUGGAUUCGACAAACGAGGGCGAGAACCCUAGCGAUUUGGCUAUAAAUGCGGACAGCGAAAAACCUAACGUAAUUGCUUCGAGUGAGCCUACCAUCUCUCCUGAGAAUGCAAGACUGGUGUCACUAUUGAAGGAGUGCAUUGGGAAUCUCGCCACGCAUAUCUACUACGCCGAUCAGAUUUCCGACAUGAUCCGGACGCUACUGAAGAGAAUUAGACCAUCAACCUCAAUCGAUGUUACUGUGGGUACAGUGGUCAAGACAGUAUCUGACCCAUCAGCUUCUGCAAAUAACUUUGGCAAUGCUGCCAGUGAACUCCAGCUGGAAAACUUUUUCUACUCCGCAGCCUCGAAGAUUACAGCUUUAGAAGCAGUCAAAGAUAUUCUUGCGGUCGCCAAUCAGAAAAAGGCCGCAACGGGUGCGGGCAUAGAAUCACGAAACCAAGUCAGCAUCAAUGUGUGGGAAGGAACGCAGUGGCUUCUGCGUGACCCUGAUCGUCAAGUUCGCACUGCAUACACUGAUGCACUCGUCUUCUGGCUUCAACUUGAGACAACGAAAAAUGAUCUUCGCGUAAAAGACUUAACCAAAAGAGUUACUCGGUCACAGAGUAAACGGGACGUUGGUGGCUCUGCAAGAGUAGCUUCGACAUCAACUGCUCCCAUCGAUAAAGGGCUAUCUUCUGCUCCCUCUAGUUUCCUGCAACUCUUGCAUUUGGCAAUAUAUGACAACGCCGUGGAGUUCGCCGUCGUCGACGCAGAUAUCUUUAUCUUGCAUUUACUCCUUGUUAAGUUGGUUGAUCAUCUCGGCGUCAAUGCAACGCGUUUUGGGUUACCUAUGGUCUUGAAACUACAGGAGGCGGUACCACCAAGUGAAUCUCUCAGCUCGGCAGAUGCGCAAAUCAACAUUGGAAGCUUGGUGUAUGGAUACCUAUCGGCAUUAAGCGAGAAAUUUAAUUUUGAGACCUCAAAAAUUGGAUCUAGUAUUCACGCCGAGGUUUCUAAGCGCAAGAAACGUAAGGCAUGGCUUGAAAAGAUUCAGCUUCCACCUCUUUCGUUGAGUCAGCUCCCAUCAAGCGAAGAAAAUAAAGCUAUCAAGCCAGACCUUCAAGAGCCCCUCCGCACGUUUUCUGCGACCGAAGAGCUUGUCCAACAGAUCGAAAAUGCAUACACUGCAUCUCUGAUUGCUGCACCUCAAAGUCCUCCUAGCUCUCCAGGACGGCACCCCAUUACCCCAAGCUCCCCAAAUGCGUAUUUCGGCGCAGGCCAGGAUCUGAAGUUGCCAGCAGACGUCAAAGAGGAGAUGCUCUCCGCUUGGUCUAGAGAAGCUUGUCUCACUGUUCUGGAGCGAGAAAGAACAAAAGCAGCGUCCGUAUCUGGUUCAAGACAUACAAGUUCCAUCCAGCGAAACAACGGCCCCCUGAACGGAUUCGGAAACUAUUCUCCUCAUCGAGGACCACUCAGCUCUCCAGACCGCCAGAAUAAUUAUUAUUCAGCCGAACUUGGUUCCGGCAUAUCAGAUGGCUCGUUCUCCGAGUCUAACCGGGAUUCUACCAUUCGUGUUAACGAGUUGAAGAGAAUGCUAACUGUUUCCGUGAACUCCAAUGUUCGACGCUCCAGCCCAUUAAGAACUCGCGCAGAUGCCGGCAAUCGCAGUAUUGUCAGCUCUAGUAGCGAAAGCUUGGUCAGUGGAACCUUUUCUGCGUCCGAUUUCGAGAGUGAAAGCAGACCUCAGUCUAUUCGAGAAGACGGGCGGAGCGCAAGUCGAGAUGGCUCUGAAAUCACCAAGCCUGCGCCAGUAUCUUCAUCUGGCAAAUACAACAACGACACGGCCGUCUCCGAUAAUGACGAUGGCAUUCCACCAGUCCCACCACUACCUUCUGGGCUGGCAAUUCCUGGUGGCUUUCCCGAUACUAGCUCAAACCUCUCUCGACAAAGCUCAACUCGCUCUGAUCAUCCAUCGCCCACAGGAUUCUACGGAAAGAACGGAUCUAUCAAGGGCAAAAGUACUGCACAACAACCCGUCAAGACAAUGAAUGGGAGGAAAAGCAGAUCCAGCAACAGCCUCAAUGCAACUGUUUCCAGGAAGGGCAACGGGCCUGCCGCUACUCUCAAUCACGCAAUUUCACCACUUGGUGCAGGCGGGAAUACGCGGUUCGACAUAGACAAACUUCUCGAUAGCGUUUUACCACAAGUCAUCAACGACGAUUCUAUCAAUAAUGAAUCUAUUUCAACCAUACCCGGCUAUGUAGGAGGAGCUUCCCGGACAGGGGAAGAGCGACACAGAGCUACCAGCGGAAUCGGCCGUCCUCCAUAUUAA